ACACGUUUUUGUAACAAGAAAGAAGCCAACAUUUUUUCGCCAGAAAAAGAUGCAACAACAUGAGCGAGAUAUUUGGAGACAUUGUCCACUUUAGGAUAUGAGCUUGAUGAUAAUUGAUGGACAAAGAAUUUAACAAUGGAUAAUGAAAUUCCAAUAGUGAGCACAACUACCCCAGAUAUAGCCGCACCAGAAGAAAGACUGAACGAUGAAAAACCAAAUGAAGAUCUCGACAAUACUAUGAAUGGUUUUAACUGUACCACCAAUAUUACAGUUAUCGAAAAACCAUUAGAAGUGAUCCAUUUAGAUGCCCCGAUUAAAAAUAUAUCCUGCGAAGGGAGUGACAGCGGUGUAGAGGUGGUGGAGAAUUGUUGCUUGCAGCGAGCUUUAAGCAUCAACAGCAACAAUUCGCAAGAGUUUGGCACAGUCACCCCCGCAUAUUCAUAUGAAUCUUCAAUAAUUAGUUGUUGUUCUAACUAUGAAGAGGCAUAUAAUAUAUUGGCUCGUCGAAACUCUACACUGUUUGAGGAUUAUAAACUUCGAACUUGUGAUGGUACAAGUGAGGGUGGUAGCGAGAGUUCAUCAAUUGCCGGCGGAGGGCCAUCAAAAAGAGUAAGUGUACAACAUGCAAAAAAGAAAUAUAUCACAAACGAUUGCAAGAAUAAAAAUUCAACAUGUGCCAAUCAACGAUCACGACCACCAGCGUCGCCGCGAAAUCCUAUGUCACGUCCUCGAGGAAAAUCGAUUGAUAAAACCCUAUCCUCGAAGCAAGAAAAUCAAAGAACGUCCACUUCUAAAGCAAAAAACAACAAUUUAACACUCCCAGUGUCUAAAAAAGAAAAAGUCAAUCCUCCCUCAAGAGCUUCCUCCUCCACCAGAACUCCAAUAACGACCCCAACCGAUGAUGGAAGAUGGCCGUCAAUUAACAGUAAACCCGCGCCUUUAAUGAGUAGAUCCGUCAGGGGAUUAUUUCAGUCUGAAGCGACACCAAAGAAAGUUACCCCCGAAAGCAAAUCGACCGCAUUAGAAAAGUACGCCACGUUACCCAGAAGACGAAAAGAAAAAUCCGCCGAUAAUUUACACGAUUUAACUAAAAAACAAUCUACGUCCAAAGAGCCAACCAACAAAACCACAAUCAAACGACAAUCAUCAACGCCUAAAUCGCUACCUCCCUACCCAAGGAAAAAAAGUGUCCCCAAAACUAAAAUUUACCACGAAACUAGUGUACAAACCGCUCUAACUCAAACCGAUAUCGAAAAAGCGUUCCUCGGCGUCGCGGUUAAUCCGGCGCAACCUCAAGACAUUGAAACCUGUGAUAAAAACGUACAAGUGGACUCGAAAUUCGAAGAAAUCGAGAACCUAAAAGCGCAACUGGAGGCCCUUCGAGAAAAUCACGACAAAUUGCUGGCCAAUUUUAACAGUCAAAACGAGAAUUUAUCGGAAGUCAAACAAAAGCUCGACGAAGAGCAGACGGAGAAAAACGCGUUGAGGGAUGAACUGAAACAGAACACCGACAGGGUCCUUGCGAUCUUGGGCAACGACAGCACCCUGCCCGAGGACGAGAAUGUGUCCAGUGACAGUCUGAUGAUGCUAGAGAAUCGUUACCAAAAGGUAAGCCAGAUAGUAAUCAAGCAAGAAAACGAAAUAUCGGAAUUGAACGCGUACUGCCGUUCUCUCCAACGAGACCUGGAGAAGAGCGUGUCCUCUCAGAAUGUGUUGCUACAGCAACAGCACGAUCUCGAAUCCGAAAGCGUCGAAUUGCAGGAGUUUAUGCAGGCGGAAAAAACGACUCUAACUGACGCUUUGAAGGAAUCCGAAAACGAAAUUAAUAAACUACGUUUAAUGUUAGGGCAGAAAGAUAAGGAGAUCGAAGGUAAACACGAGGAGUCGAAGCGACUGAUCAGGUUUAGUGAGCAAAGGAGACAGGAGAACAUAAGUCUUCAUGCUCGUCUCGGUGCCUUCGAAAUGAGAAGUCGAGAGCUGUUGAUUUAUCAGGGGAGUCAUAUUUCCGGUGCUACGGUUGCAUUGACGUCCCUCAUUAAUAGGCUGGACGGUUUAGUGGAUGAAUUGGUUACAUCUUAUAGUAUUUCUGAGCAAGAUCUUGAGGACGUCAUUUUCCAUAACGAAGCUUACACAAACAGUAGCAGUAGUCCAGAAAUAACUCCGGAAAAAACGAAAAAGUCGCUGAAAGAAAACUCACCAUCUCCGAAAAGGGGCUCGUCAUUCGUAUCCGCUAUCAUAAACGCCAUAAAGAACGCAACUGCACAAACUUCAUUCCUAACGUCGAAAGAGUACAGCAAAGACACCAUUUCCUUGGAUAACUCAGACUCCACGGAAAUGUUAGAUUCGGAAACAGAACCGUGUCUAAUGAUGGAACCAGUCUUAGAAGAUGUGCUAAUACCAGACGGUCAUUCCCGUAACAUGAUUUCAUCGGGCCACGGCCUGCUAAGUUCGGCGAGACUCACCCAGAGUGAAAGUCUCAAUAACUUGUUCUGCAGACAAAUGUCGGAACAAAAAUUGACUGAAAAUUUAAGCUCUUCAUUUAGUGGCGAAAUGCCUUCGUUAACAGAAAUCUGUCCACCGGUGCCAUUAGUCGAUCAAGUCAUUGACGUUGACAAUUUGGUAACGAAAUUAUUAAAAGUGCUACGUAUAAUACAAAUAGAAAAUGACGAUUGUAUGAACGAAUUGCAAGAUGAUCACGAUUUACUCUCCGAUCAAGUCAACAAGCAAAAAGAUGCGAAUAAAAUCGUGGCGCAACAACUCAAAGAUUGGGAAGUACUCGGCGCACAUCUGAAGAGAGAAAUUACGGAGUUAAUGCAGCAAUUGAGUAGGAAAAAUAACGAAAUUGACGAUCUCAAAUCGGACCUGAACCAUAAUCGAAAAGAAAUUGAGAGAUUGAAUGAGGAUGUUUGCGCGUUAUCGACUGCUUGUUCGAAAGCGGAACAAGAACUGAAAAUAAAGAAGGAAGAGACUGAGGAGGCGAUAAAGAAAUGGGAAAGUAAAGAAGAGAUCCCAUCGAAGGAGGUUUUGGCAAAAGUAUUUACGGACCAGAAAGAAAUUCCAGUAUUAAAAGAAACUUUGGCGGAGAAAGAAAAGCAGCUAAGUGAAUUGCAAAAGGAAUGCUGCUACAGUAGGAAAAUUUGCGAAAAUUGGAAAGAAGCGGUCGAUGAAUCGAAAAAGCAAUAUGAAGCAAUCGAUAGCGCUUUAGAGAUAUUAAACAGUAUUCAAACAGUAGUUCAGCAAUGCCCUCCAUUAGCAAAGCUACAAAGAGACCUAGAAGAAACUAGUUUCCAAACCGCUUCGUCGAUACCGGUAGCUUCUCCUAGCGAUUGUAAUGCAAACGGUACAUUACUCAAAUCGGUUAACAACUUAGAAAUACCUUCCCCUAUAAAUAGUACCGCCUAACUUUUGUAAUUACUGUUACAUUCAGUUUUCAAUUGUGAUUAACUACCAAUGUUUUAUAUUUCUAUAUGUAAUCUCGUCGGUUACGUAAUACGUUGUUAUACCUACUACCCGAAGGUCGUUAAUUAUUGUGUAAUUGUACUAUACGUCCACACGAAGAAGUUUAGCAUACUUCGCCAAUUUAUAAGGGUAAUAGUUGUGUUCAAAAAUCAGGUGUACCUAAACAAAAUUACGAUGUUGAA